GAUGAUUCAUGACUGCUUGGCUGGCCAAGAGAGAGGAAGUUCCACUUGGUUUAAGUUUACCUUCGAUGCAAUGACUCCAUGACGACCAACUCUCGCUGACUCGUACGCACAGAUUGGCUCACGUGUUCACUCAGGACUCCAUCUGUCACCAAAGCAUUGGAUAUUUUAACCCGUAGACUGCUGGAACUGGGUGGUCCCUACACAAAGCCUAUUGGAAUUACAGGAUUCAGUGGGAGAUAUGUUGACGCAGCCAUCUGCUUGUUAAUGAGACGAUCGUAGCUGCAUAGAUGGAGAUUUAAUGGCCCAUAUCUCUCUGGAGUGACCAAAGGAAGUUCAAUUCAACAACCAUUCCAUUCUAAGUACUAUUCCCCAGACCAAAGUUCAACUAUCAUCCGUUACCAUGACGAUCUUGUACAGCUGUAUCGCCAGAGGGACCACCAUCUUGGUGGAACUCUCAAAGAGCUAUGAACACAACUUUCAACAAGUGGUUGGGUCCAUGAUGCAGAAUCUAGCAUCCCAUGAUAACUUCAAGUCUGUCUAUACGUCACAAGACUAUCUUUUCCAUGUAGUCAUCAAGGACCGAAUCACCUACAUGUGUGCCACUACGGUGGACUUCCGCAGACAGACGGCCUAUUCUUUUAUCAUGGAGAUCAUGAGUAAGGUAGCCAACUGCAGUCUUGCCCAGCGGGUACACCACGCAGGAGAGAUGGAGCUGGAGAGGGAUUUCAGUUCGGUCCUCGGCCAGGAAAUGGACCACUUUUCCAAUUUAAAAGGCGGUGGAAACGACAAGGUAGCCGUCUUGCAAAAUCAAGUUGAUGAAGUGAAGGACAUCAUGACAGUGAAUAUUGACAAGGUCUUGAGUCGAGGAGAGAAACUAGAUGAUCUACUCUCUAAAACUGAAGAUCUGGAAGCAAGCGCGAAGACAUUUCAGAAGACGGCACGUAAAGUGAACGACAAGAUGUGGUGGCAGAACAUCAGAAUGAAGAUUCUUCUGACAGUCAUCAUCUUCAUCGUCGUCAUUGCCAUACUCCUGAUUGGUCUUCAUCUUGGUGGGGUCAUCUAAAAGCCUUGACAUUUUACCAGGGCAGUGUUUCAUGAAGAAUUGUGUCAGUGAUUUUCUUUGGCAAAUUUGCUCUGAGCCAAUCGGAUGCCAGGAUUUCAGUAGCUUAUAACAAUUUGCCAGUGUAAAUUUGUCUCAUGAAAUGCUUCCCAGGAAUCUCUUCAAGGACUUUGCAAUCAAAGUUGAUCCUCAUAGUGACAAUCCCAGAAAUAAGUAAAUGAUUUUGGUCAAUCUUUAUUCUGGAUUUAUUUGACAUGCAUGCCCCAGAGCAGCUGUUGGCAUCAUCAUUGCGAUAGUUGUGACCAGUCUCUAUCUGAGUCAUCUAUAGGCUUGAGGAUCUACCAGGGUUCUCUUUUCCUAGGACUUUUGUGACAGGAAGUAGAUCCUCAUAGGGACAAAGCAAGAAAUAUAGUUUCCAGACUGUAAACCAAAAGGCUCGGGGUUCAACGCCCACUGCAGCAGCAACAUCCACUGGGAAGGCAGUUAUCUACAUUUGCCAUUCUCCACCCAGGUGUGUAGUGUAUGAGUACCCAAUAAGAAUGCUCAAGCACCUUGUCAGUGUAGCCAUGCUAAAGCAUGGGAAGUACUAGCAGUGUGCCGCUCUUAGAAUCAUUGUAUUAAGCACAAUAUACAUUUUGAAUAUUAUCAUUAUUUGGUCAACCGUUAUUUUUUAUUUAUUGGACAUGCACGCCCAAGAACAAUUGACUUGCGAACAAAGGACAGCUAUUAAACUAAUGACUUUUCCUCUCAAACAUUCCUUUAAAGACUGCCUUGUGGGGAGUUGGACACAGUUGAGGUGUCUUAAAACCCAUCUGUGGACUCCAUAACCUUGGGCAAAGUGGAUUUAUCUGACCAAUAUAUCUUGUGUCAUUCGUGUGUUAGAUUAUACGUGCACACUCAUUGUGAUGUCACUCAUUCGCAUUGCUUCUGCUAUGUUGGUCGACAACAAUGUUCUCAACACCAUAAAUUUUCCAUGUGAUUACAAACCUCAUUUAAUCGCUAUGGUUCUCCAGUGAUAUUACCUGUAGUUCUAGAAUAUGGAAUUCAAAUGCAGGCAUGUUCAAACAAUUUUCUAGAGCAACAAUGACUAACCAAAAAACAAUGCUACUGUGGAGAGUGUUCAAGCAAUUUUUUAUUUGCCGAAAUGAAUUUGGUAUCAAAUGGGGAUAUUUCAGAUUCAGGUUUUUUUUUUAGGAAGAAUGUCUCACAAUUCACAAGAUUUUGCAGGGAGGUGAAUUCAGCCACAAGAGGAUCUGGAUUAAUCUUGCUCAUUAUCAUAGGGACAUGCAGACUGAAUAGCAGAUAGAAUGUAGUGUUGAAUAAUGAUGUGCAUGAGGUGGAGUGACUAUGAAAUCACACAUUUUUUUGUUGUUGCUUUGGAUGAUUUAAUGGAGAAUGAAAGUUUGCAUAUUUACAUUAAUAUUGAAUAGAGAACAUUAUUACCUACAAUUUGAUGUAUAGGGCAGGUCUGUAGGCCCCCAAAUAAAAAAGUUAUUUACCUUUUAAAAUGCUAUCAUCAUCUGCUACGAGAGGCGUAUAUUCGGUCUUUAGCAGGCUGCCAUUUUGUCUUGGAUUCCAGCGACCCCCAGCAAAGAUAUGACAAAAUCACGCUAUUCUCGUGAAAUGCUCAACCUGGUAUCCUGUACGUAAUUACCUAUGCCGCGAUUAAUAGGCAUAUGAACUUUGGCUAGCAUUCAAGAUCAUGCCGUACUGCCAGGCUUGUGGGUGUAUGAACAAACCAAGACAGAAACAAGGAACUUUUUCAUAAGUGGAUUGCGGCGAUAAAAGUUGAAAAUUCUUCAAAUCAUCGUACAAAUAUAGCUGGCAUCAUAUGAUGUGUAGUGACCAUUUCCAGCCUGAUGAAAUAGAAGGAGGACAUGCAGAAUAUUCUAAAGUAACAAAUCUAGAGAGCAUACCGAUGGUAUAUGAAAUAUGAUGAUGAAAAUUAAUCGCUGAGGUGAACAAUCUGAAAGUAAAACGCUUGAAUUGAUCCAGACAAUACGCGAGAGAAUGAAACAACAAAAUAAUAGCGGCAGUAGACUAGCAAGACAUGCAAUCCGCAGCUCACUAUGCGAUAGCGUGAUGAUCAAUUUGAUGAAGUGAAAAUUCUGAUGUUAUUUAUGCUCUUAAACAAUUAAAAUGUAAAAUUUAAUUAUUUGAAGAAAAAAAAUUAAAUAAGUAUAGGCUAAAUUUUUUUAGCUCAGUUGGAAAAUACGACUGAAAAUAUUUUCAAGUGUUGAGUUUUGUGUAGAGCUGUAAAUAAUGAAAGUAGGCCACAGUAUAGCCAAUCACACACGUAGAGUGCAAAAACGUCACACUCCCCUGGAAAUCCAAACAAAAUGGCAGCAUGCAGCUUCACAUAAGAUCGUAGCACUUGAUUUCAAGUAAGAUUUUCUCAAAUAUGUAAAAUAAGACAUAUUGUGUGUUUUGUCAAGCUAAAAGAUAUAAAUGUCAGCUUUUAGAAUCCCCAAACAUGUACAUGUAUUUUAACCUUUAUUCUCCUUUAAAUGAAUCAUAAUAUGUGUAGUGUGGAUACAGACAUGUAUAGGCUUUUCUAUGUGCACUUUUCUCUAUGGAGGCGUGAUAGCUCAGUCAGUAGAGAAGGGUUUUCGCAUUCCGUUGACCUGGGUUCGAUUCCCACUUGGUGCGCUAGUGCCCUUUGGUAAGGCAUUGAUCCUCAAUAUCAGGUCUCUCGGAGAGGCCCUUACGCCUUCAGUCCCCUGGUUGCUUGCUUACAAGCAUUCAUGCUUUCUUAGCAGUCAGGUAAAUAUACCACCAUUUACCAGUAUUCCACAUAGAUUGAUGGAAAAGAGACUUACAGGUAAACAAAGGGGAAGAAAUAUGAAUAUAUCGUAGUGUCUGUGCAAGAAAGCACUUCGCAAAACACUUUUGUGCACAGCAUCAGUGCAGAAUCAUUCUCAUAUGUGCUGCUAAGCGUGAGAGUAUGGUGUUAGGGCUGUUCUUGCACACAAUAUUAACUUUAAAAAGGUUAUUUCAUACAGGAUUUUACAUAAUUAUAUUAUUUUACUCAGAAUUGAUUGUUGAUGAUAUGUAGAUGUACCUCUUGCCUUGCAGUGAAUAAGCUGUAUUCUAAAUUAAAACCAUUGACUGGAAUCCUAUGUCAUGAUCCUUGGAAAAAAAAGAACACCUACGGAAUUUUAAGAAUUCGGUAGGUUAACAGGUUGAGUAUAGGUAAUUGUAAACAAAAUUCUAUUGUCAAAAAUUUCCCUAUGACAAUCAAUGAUUUCUUCAAAGAAAAUUUUGAAUUAUUGGUAUGAUUUGCAAUAUGUAUAUAUAAAUGUUAUGUUCACCAUAGAAUAUAUUUUCUUCUGUUUAAUCUAUACUAUAUUCAGUGUGUUUAUAUUUAUUACUCUUUAUGUUGCUUAUUGUAUGUAUGGUAUAUUUUGUUACACCAUCAGCAGUAAAUCACAAAACAAUUUCUGUUCAGCUUUUGUAGGAAUUAGUAAUUUAAUUAUGAUUCAUUUGUGUUUUCAUCUUUUCAGGUGAUACCUACAUAUAGAUGUACCAGAAUAUACUUUGUAUGCAAAUGUUGAAUCAUAUAUUUCACACAGAGAACCAAAUUGUUCGUCUUUCCCCCUUUUUUCAUAAUGCUCAGAAUGUUUUUUUGAAAACCCUGCACUCUUUUGUUUGCUGCGUCUCGUUAGGUUGAAUGUUCAUUUAAAUGUUUUUGUAAUAUGUAUGAUCUUUCUCUUUUUAUAAAAGAUUGGAGUCUAAUUGUGAUUCUCUGAAUUUCAUUCACCAUUCCAUUUGUUCUUUUUCAUUUUUAUCAGCAUUGUUCCAAAUGCCUUGCUGAUAUUUAAGAGUACUUAAGCAGUGAUGUCACCAAAAAAAAAAGAAUAUUUUUUAGCAUUUCAUGUUUUUCAUUUCAUGUGUCCGUGGAGCAUGAUGGAAAAACAACCAGAGCGCAGAUUUGGUGGGACCUGAUCCUUGAGAGGGGGGCGGUGAGAUAUGUCCACAAGAAUACCUGUUUAGCCCGCUUGGAAUCAGUGUAUUACAAUAGACUGGGUUCAUAACUAGAACUAAUUAGGUAUUCAUGUGGCCAUAUCUUUGAUCUAUACAAACUAAUCCAUGUCAAAUUUAGUUGAGGAUGGUUUACAUCAUGUGCUAUGCCUAUGGUCAUGGUUAUGAAAGUGGCUGAAAUGCAAAAACCAAACUUGACAGCUUCAUCACAAUUUUAGUACUCUAUUAUAAAGAGAGGCUAAUUUCCAAGCACAAUUAUGUAGAUGAAGACGGUGCUUUGUGUAAAAGAUCUAUGCCAUUUUAGUUAAUAUUAUUAACUCCUUUGGAUUUAUUUUGAUGUCUAUGGUGUGACUGCUGUUUGGUCUAUACUACAAUUGGUCCAAUGCCCACUUAGUCUAAUUUUCAUUAAGUCUAACGCCAAUAUUGUCUCAUUUGCACUUUUAUCUACUAAGUUAUUUUGUACUUUGUCAUAUAAAAAGUUGGUUCAUGAUAUGCCUGCAUUGAUAAUUAAACAAAGUAGUUAUUGGGCUGAAUGGCCGAGUUGGUUGGAGAUGAAAUAGGAUUAGACCAUGUGGGAUGAGAAAAAUAAGAGAAAGAAGUUGUAUUCCUCUGUGGCAGUGAAGCAAUAAGCGUACAUGCCCUCAAUUACUUUUUGUUUCUGUUUGAACUGAAAACAGGAUGGUUGCCAAACAUUGUCAGGAAAUAUGGUGGGGAUUUCCUCCAAUUUCAGAGUUCCAUUCAUCAAAAAGUAUCAUUGAUGAGGUAAAUUAAUGUAUUGUUAGCACAACUCCCUUCCUGUAUUUUUGACCUAUAAACAAUUUCAGGAUCUUGACUUCCUGUGCGUGGGUGUAAUAGCUCAAUUGAGGAAAACAUCUGUCUGUCUUGGAAAGAUUUGAACAUUAUUUUUCAAGGCCAGUCAGAAUCUGCCCCAAUGAUGACCUUUACAUGUAUUACUUAUUAUUCAUUGUUUGUGAGUUUUAUAUGAUAAAAUACCUAUUAAGUUUUUGUGGGUAUGCCCCCCUUUUGACAAGGGGGGGGGGGGGGCUCAACUCAAGUUUUGCUAUUUUUUUAUUCCUUUCUGCUUUGAAACUCUUGUUAGAAUAUUUGAUCUGUUAAUGUUUAUUUCAAAGCAUAUCCCCAUCCAAAGAAAAAAAAAUGUGUCAGUCAAGUAAUGUGAAUCUGAUAAUCAUUUUGGUAUGCUGCACUAUAUUGUACCUGUACAUCUCAUGUUAUCUUUUCCUAUUACCCAUUAAUUAAUUUUCAGUAGCUUCAUUACAAAUCUAAGCUUUUCAUCGAUCAGGAAUCUCAGAUUGCAUCUUAUUAGUCUUAUCAUAUCCAUGCUAUAUGCAAAUUAUGGGGGAAACUUUUUUUCAGUCAAUCUAUGUUGAAAAUGCAUAUCAUGAGAGUCAGUUAACUUUAGAAAAACAAAUCAUGUUAGCAUAUCAUUCUAAAAGUUACAAGGUUUGUUUUGAUAAAAGUAGGUAAAUAAAUAUGAAAUGAAAUAGACUAAUUCAUUUUAAUGAUUACUUAAAGUUUUUAUAGAUAUUGAAAUGAAUUGAAAUAGCAAUUUCCCACUAUUUGACAGCAUGGCUUGUGUUCGAUUUUUUAUUUAUUUUUUGUUAUGUUUGUUGAAAUAAUUGUGAAUAUGACCUCUUUUGCCUGAACCACCAUUUUGCAAAAUAAUGCCUUGGAAAUCAGUGUUUUAUGACAACUUUGACUGUAAUAUUUAAUUCAGAUUGCAUAUAUGAGAAAUGCCUUGAUAAUUGUUAAUAUAACUGCCUUGCUACAAUAUAUUCCAUGUUAAAUAAAUUUAUACCAAGUGAUCCAGACCUUGCAUUUGGAAAUUCCAGUUUCUUCACAUAUUAAAGAGUCUGAAAUUUUAGAGUCCAAGAGAGGAGUAGGGAUUGUGUUCUGUUCCCGUAAAAUAUGCUAGUUUUGUGUCAAGACCAACUUGUUAACUAAAGUGUAAAUUAGGGUCUGUGCCUCCAGACUACCAAGACAACCAGUAACAUGUAAGUUGAUGAAAUCAAUUACUUGUAACCAUGAAAUUCCUACCUUUUUAGCAUUUACUAUCAAACCCAUUUUGUCUUCUGUUGCUUUGUUGAGCUACAUGUAUUGCUAUAGGUUUAUCGAUCCAAAUUUGUAUUUUUAACUGUAUAGAAAUGUAUGUUGGUAUUUUUUGUCCAGGCAUGUUUCCCCAUUUUGAACAGUUUUUCAGAUAACUUUAACCAACCUCUGUAUUGAGGAGGAUACAUGUCAUAAUUUUCUGUUGUCUUCAAUUGUUUUUAAUCUCAUUUGGGUAAUUUGAAUCCCCCUUUUUUUUAAUUGAACUUUCCUUUCAUCUACUUAAAAUGAUAUCCCUCUGAUAUGCAGGGAGAUGUUCAUUAACUUCUAUACCGUCAUGUCUUUUAAAUACUAUGUACAUGUAUCUUUAUUACACAUUAUGUUAUUCGUUUAUACCUGUGUGAACUGUAUGUUUUUCAGAGAAUUUUGAAAAUCUAAUUAUUUCAAGGCUUCCAUUAUUUGGAUGGAUUACAAAUAAAAGUGUCUUUAAUGAAGGGAUUAAAAUAGAAGAGAAAAACA